AUGAAGAGGAAAAGAGAAAUGGAGAAAGCUUCUGAGCUGAAAUAUGCAGUUGAGGAGAUUUCAUUAAUGACCAUCAUAAUCAACCCUGGUCACCAUCAUCAUGACCCUAAUCACGAUAACGAUGAUGGUGAUGAAGGCCAUAACUGCAGUGAUGGCCAUCCUGCCACUACAAUACCCACAAGACCUUUUCUCCAUGUCUGCAACUUGGUUGUUCAGAUUCUUGAUAAUAUAGGCCUAACAAUGGUUGUUCUUAGAAAAGACAUUAUUCAUAAUAUCCAGAGAUUGGAGUCCCAAUUUGAUGUUGAUCCUUCACUUUACUCAAACUUGAUUGAGAUCUUGAAGAAAGAAUCAAAUGAAGGAAGUUCAAGAAAGAGAAACAGUUGUAGCAAAGCCCUUCUAUGGCUUACAAGAUCUUUGGAUUUUAUGUGCGGUUUGUUGCAAAAUCUGGUUAAGGAUCUUAGUAAGGACAUGGAGCAAGUUGUGGAAGAGUGUUACAGCACCAGUUUGAAACCGUGGCACGGAUGGAUUUCGUCAGCUGCAUUCAAAGUGGCUCUCAAACUUGUCCCAAACAGAAAAACCUUCAUCAGCCUUCUAAAGCCGAAAGAUGAAACCAACGAUGACAUCUUGAAAGAGGAUACAGACUCAUUGCUUGUACCCAUUCUACAAGACAUCCAUGCUGCUCUGGUGACUUGUGGAAGUGUUUAUCAGAAAGAUAAAGAACGGAUCAGGGCUUCAGUCAUCUCCGAUGUUGCUUUGAACCCAAUCUCAAAAGGGAAUCCAAGAUCUCGAAAGAAUCUAAAGUCUCGUCAAUAG